AUGUUAAGGGCUUGCAAUGUGUCUAUAUGGAAAGCGCCAUAUAAAGUGAAAUUAAGGACCCAAUUAACCACAUUAGUUUGCUUUGUUGCUAUUAUAUCAUUACUGAUCUUGGCUAUCAGUACCGGUGUUUACUUCACCAAAAAUUAUAGAGAUCUAAGAUUACAACAAUUAUAUAUUGCUGCAAGGUUGAAAUCUUCACAGAUUGACCAAACUAUUAACUUGUUAUAUUACCAAUGUGUAUGGUUAACAAGAAGAGAUGAGAUAGAAAGUGCAUUAACAGAUUAUACUGCUGGUAAUAGAUCUGCCGAAAAUUGGGCAAGUACGAGUGAUGUUUUAUCAACUUUCCUAGAAUCAUCAGUUGUUUUCCUAACAACUACUUUAUAUGAUUCCCAGUUUAAUCUAAUAUUGAAUGAAACGAAUAAUGAAACAAACGAUUAUAUACCAGAUGAUGUUUUAAGUCACUUACUUCCGUUAUCAGGAACUGAUUCAUUGCCUUCUUAUUUAGGUACUACAGGUUUACUAACCGAUCCUGUUUUAAACGAUAGCACAUAUUUAAUGUCUAUGUCAUUGCCUAUUAUUGCGAACCCUUCAGUUACGUUAAGUGAUUCGAGAGUUUUUGGUUAUCUGACAGUAGUUAUGUCUGCAGAAACCAUUAGAGCUGUCGUUAAUGAUACAACAGCUUUAGAAAAAUCUAUCGUUGCUGUGAUAUCAUCAACAAAUACUAAUGGUACAUCAGGUCAAGAAUAUCAUUUUGUAUUUCCUCCUCAUGGUGCAUCGGAUGAUAUUGUCAAUACUGCAUAUCCAGUUGAAAAUAGUACCUUCUUAAGUGACGCUUUCAGUUCACCCGAAGGUGGGUCUAUCAAUAAAUCAAAGAGUCUAUAUAGUAAGGCAGUUGCUAUCGGUUAUUGGCCUUGUUCGUUUGGUUUAGCAAAUUGGGUGGGUACAGUUUCACAGCCAGAACAUGUUUUCAUGUCUUCAUCAAUUAAAUUGACAAAAAUCAUAGCGGGUACAGUAAUAGCUAUUACUGUUUUCGUAUGUGUGAUUACUUUCCCGUUAUCCCGUUGGUCAGUUCAACCUAUAGUUCGCCUUCAAAAGGCAACUGAAGUGAUAUCAAAAAGGGACGGUAAUGAAGUGCAUCGAUCAAAUUCUUCAUCAUCUAGUCGAAGUACUUUCAGCAGUAAUAGGCGAAGUAAAGAUGGUAGACAUAAUUCAUCUUCCUAUAAUUUAUAUGAAGACGUGGAAAAAUAUACAGAAAUAGGUAAAGCAAAUAAAUCUACAGAGUCGUUAAGCAAAGAGAAUAUUACCGAUUAUUCUUCAAGUAAUUCAAGUGCCAUAGUGAUGAGAAAAAACUUAGCUGAUUUCCAAGUACCAGCAUCUCGAAGAUUUGUCAAAGACGAAUUGUCUGAAUUGACAGAAACAUAUAAGUUAAUGACAGAUGCUCUAGAUGAACAUUCCCAAUUACUUGAAUAUAGAGUAAAAGAGAGAACUAAACAACUAGAGGCUGCAAAAAUUGAAGCGGAAUCGGCUAAUGAAGCUAAAACUGUUUUUAUUGCAAAUGUUACUCAUGAGCUGAGAACUCCUUUAAAUGGUAUUCUUGGUAUGACAGCAAUUGCGAUGGAGGAGACAGAUAUGGAAAGAAUUCAAAGCAGUUUGAAGUUAAUAUACAGAUCUGGUGAAUUAUUAUUACACAUUUUAACAGAAUUGCUUACCUUUUCAAAAAAUGUUUUGAAACAAACAAAACUUGAGAAAACUCACUUCUGCGUUAUAGAUUUAGCAUUACAGAUAGAAUCAAUUUUUGGCAAAAUAUCUAAGGAUCAACAUGUCAAGUUGUCAAUAUUUAUAUUACCAAACAAACUGAGGUCUAUGGUGUUAUGGGGCGAUCAGAACAGAAUACUUCAAGUGAUAAUGAACUUGGUUUCAAACGCCUUAAAGUUCACACCAGUUGAUGGUAAAAUCACUGUUAAUAUAAAGCUUCUAGGUGAAUAUGAUAAAGAUAGAAGCGCUGCAGAAAAUUAUAAAGAUGUGUAUAUGAAGGAAAUUCGAAAUAGUAACGGUGACAAGAUAAAGCCACUGAUGACGCUAAUUAGUAGCAAAGAUACCAUGAGCGUUGCUGAUAAUAUAAGUAAUAAAUCAGUAGCUUCUGAUACCGAGAGGUCAACUAAUAAUACAAUAUAUUCUAAUAAAUUUAAAAAUGGAAGCAAUUUCCAGGAUACUGAUGAUGCUAUUGGUGUACCAUUAGACAAGAAAAGAAAAUGGGUUAUUUCAGUCGAAGUUGAAGACACUGGUCCUGGUAUUGAACCAAGCUUACAAAAAUCUGUCUUUGAACCAUUUGUGCAAGGUGAUCAAACGCUCUCAAGGCAAUAUGGUGGUACCGGUUUAGGUUUAUCUAUUUGCCGCCAAUUAGCAAAUUUAAUGCAUGGUACAAUGAAGUUAGAAUCUGAAGUUGGUGUAGGAAGUAAAUUUAUAUUUACUGUUCCAUUGUUACAGACUAGAGAAAUUGAAUUUAAUGGCAAUGAACUAGUAUUUGAAGAUGAGUUCAACAUUAAUAGUAAGAAGAAUAGAGAAGUCAAAUUCCAAGAAAUAACUGAUGAGGUAGACCAAGUUAAUAUCGAAGGAAAUAGUGGAGUAGAAGUUGAACCAGGGAAAUGCACUGAACCAAAGAAAAGUACUGAAUCGGAAAGUCAAGCUGUAGUUCCUAGUAAGAGUUCACAAGAAAUGGGUAAUAGCAUUAAAUAUGAUGUUAAGAAUUUCAAAUUAUUGAUCGUAGAAGAUAAUAAAGUCAACCAAUUAGUGGUAAUAAGGAUGCUUAAACUAGAAGGCAUAGAGAAUUUUACUAUAGCUUGUGACGGUCAAGAAGCUGUUGAAAAGAUUAAGGAGAUACAAUCAAGAGGAGAAUAUUAUGGAUUAGUCUUAAUGGAUAUCCAAAUGCCAAAAGUAGAUGGUAUAACCGCUACAAAAAUAAUUAGACAAGAAUUAAAAUAUGAUAAACCAAUUGUUGCAUUAACUGCAUUUGCAGAUGACAGUAAUAUUCAAGCAUGCUAUAAAUCUGGAAUGGAUGGAUUUUUAGCCAAACCUAUAAAGAGGGAGCAAUUAAAGGGAAUUCUAACAGAAUUCUGCCCUAAAGCAUAA